UGCCCCGCGUCCGGGCGGGGCCGCUCGGCGCCUGCCCCCACCCUACGGGAAGUGAUGUCGCUCUGGCGGAAAACGCGCCCUUACCGCCCGGCCGGGCAGGUGCGGAGCGACGCGGCAUUGCCGGAGAUGAUUAAUGCCUCUUUCUGCAUGACUAUGGUAUUCAAGAGAUCUGGACUGGAUCAGGAAGCUCUGUGCUGAGGUACACCUGGAGAGCUACAGGUCCACUUCCAGCUGUUAAGCAUAGGUGUCUCCUGAAUUCUCACUAUGUCUGAUGGGGACUAUGAUUACCUCAUAAAAUUCCUAGCGCUUGGUGACUCUGGAGUAGGAAAGACCAGCCUUCUUUACCAGUAUACAGAUGGCAAAUUUAAUUCCAAGUUUAUCACAACUGUGGGCAUCGACUUCCGGGAAAAGAGAGUGGUGUACAGACCCAAUGGGCCAGAUGGCGUUGGUGGCAGAGGGCAGAGGAUACAUCUUCAGCUCUGGGAUACUGCAGGGCAGGAAAGGUUUCGUAGCUUAACAACUGCUUUCUUCAGAGAUGCCAUGGGGUUUCUUCUACUCUUUGAUCUGACAAAUGAGCAAAGCUUCCUUAAUGUCAGGAACUGGAUAAGUCAGCUACAAAUGCACGCGUAUUGUGAAAACCCUGACAUUGUAUUAUGUGGAAACAAAAGUGAUCUGGAAGACCAACGAAUGGUGAAAGAAGAAGAGGCUAAGGAACUUGCAGAAAAAUAUGGGAUACCAUAUUUUGAAACCAGUGCAGCUAAUGGGAAUAAUGUAAGCAAAGCCAUUGAUACACUGCUUGACCUCAUCAUGAAGCGCAUGGAGCGAUGUGUGGAUAAAUCCUGGAUCCCAGAAGGGGUAGUGCGUUCCAAUGGGCACAGUUCUACAGAACAACUGAGUGAGGAGCAAGAUAAAGGCAAAUGUGGCUGUUGACUCAGCUACAAUUAAAUUUAAUGUACAUGCUUAAUUAUAGUACAGUUGCAGCUUAACUGUUUAACUUAUAGACAAAUCACAUCUCAUAGUUAGGUAAUGAGCAUUAUUAACUCUUGACAAUAAUUUUUUUGCUUUCCUCUCAAGCAACGUUGAGUUUUGUUUGCAAGUUGUGCAGUUUAUUAGUGAUGGAGCAAGUUCAUCAGUUCAGUGUAGUACUGGAUAUUCCCUAAAUUCUCUACUUUGGAAGGAAGGGAAGGAGAGGACUUUUAAUUAACAAGUGUAAAAUCUUCAUAUAUGGGCAGUAAGAAAAGGUAGGUUUCUGAAAUAAGGAUUUUCAUUUGCUCCUUGAAGGCUCCAUUAACUCCGAACACUAAGCAUUUAGAUUAGAUAUUGUGACUACUCCUAGUGGCUACAAACUAGCAAGCUUACCAACAUGGUUCUUGAGUCUGUUUUAACAGAAGCAUUUAAUCAUUUCAUCAAUCAGUGACAAUCACAGAGAGCGAAUCUUGUAUUUUUUGCAAAAGCCUGUAAGUAACUUGUCAUUAUUUUCUCAAACCAUCAGUGUUUAGUGAUAAAAGCCAAAAGAAAGAUAUUUUACAUAGAAUGAAAAACUUUUUAGAGAAGCACAGGGAUGCAGAACACUUUUUGUAGGUCACGGAUGUGAACAUUUAAACUACAACUGUACUAUAUAAAAUAUAGUCAACAGAGCCUGCGAGACCUCCUGACAUCAUUUGAAUUUCUAGAACAUAUGUAUACAUAUAUUGAUAUGUCAAUGGUGUAAGUGUAUAUCUGUUAUGUUCUUUGCUAUUGUUUUAACAGGAGUGUAGGGUAAUGUAGAUGUCAGCAAAACUUCAUCUAAAAUAGUGCUUUGUACUGAGGUUUUUUGUUUUUUUGUUUUUUGGUUUUUAACCAAACAGAUUUGGAAUGUUUCCUCAAAUAUGGAUUGAGAAAUGAAUAGUGAUUAUGAAUAGAUACAGAUUGUCUUCUGGCGAAAUGCAGCUGAGAUAUCAGUUCUGUCUAAAUCAGUAUUUCUAUAAAUUUAUAAUGCUUAUUUUCUGCUGCCAACUUUUGUGUCCUGUACAUCUUGGCUAUCAUAUAUUCACUUACGGCUUGUCAAUUUCCUUAAAAAUGAAUAGAGUUACUCCUCCCCCCCUCUCCACUUACAGAUCACAUGAAUGUCAAUUUUGGUUUGGUGGAUCAUGUUAUUCUUCAUUCUUAUUUAUUCUUAUGACAACCUGAAGAACAAUCA